AUGUUCUGCAGGCUUCUCUUCACAACUUUUGGCAAUGAUGUGCGCAUUUGGAAUCUAGAGAAGUUUGCAUCGUAUGGUCGUCUAUCAGCGGCAACACAUAGCUCAAGGUCCGAGGUCACAUGUUUGGAAUUUUUGGAUGGUGCAAAUCCAAGGGUUUUCACUGGUUCUCGCGAUCAUUACGUCAAACUGUAUCAAAUCACUCCUGAUGGGACAGGCUUUUUUGAAGCUUCCAAUAACUUGGCAACACAUUAUGAUUCUGUGACAUCUGUCGUUGCUUAUGGGAAUUCCUUGUUUUCCUCAUCCAAGGAUAUGAACAUCAUGCGAUUCUCGCUGGAAGACUUGAAGAGGGACCACAUUGAGUUGCAAGCACACAGCAACUGGAUACAGUCUAUGUGUGUUCUGGACACGUACAGGCCUUUGCUAGCUACCGCUUGCAGAGGAGGCCGAGUGAAAGUUUGGGAUAUUACUAGUACCCGAAAACUGCGUCUUGUCGAUGAG